AUGUUAAAGAACGCUAAGGGCAGUCUAUCCGAGGAGGAUUGCCGACUGAUCCUCAAAUAGUUAGUGAAAGGACUAAGAGACCUGUUUGACUACGACCUAGUCCACAGAGAUAUUAAGCUCGCAAACAUACUUCUUCACUUCAACAUUCCAGACCAACUCAAAAUCAGUGGAGACAGAUAUAUCACUCAAGAUGACUUUUUAACUAUGGACUAAAAAGAUAAGUUGAAUUUUCUCAAAAUGGUGGAUCUUUAGUCAGUAAACUUCCAAGUUAAAAUAGCAGACUUUGGAUUCUCAAAGUUCCUGGACACUAAAUCCUAGCGAUCAGACACGAUGUGCGGUACUCCACUGUAUAUGGCCCCUUAGUUGGUGGAGGACAUCAAAUAUACCUACAAAGCUGACAUCUGGUCACUCGGAGUUAUCUUUUUCGAGCUCCUAACAGGGAGUCACCCAUUUAAUGGGAGAAACCUUGAGUAACUGGGAAAGAAUUUGAACUAAGGUGAGUAUGCUCUCGAAGUUGUGCACAAGCCAUCAGUAGAGUGUCUCAGGAUAAUCACUGGCUGCUUGCAAUACGACGAGGAUGAACGCUCCAACAUCAUAGAUAUCUCUAAUAGUGAGUACUUCACUGAAAGAUAUGCUCCUCGAGAGAUUCCUAAUAGCUUCUUUGUCAACAGAAAAGGCUCAAACACUCUGAGAAAUAGUUCAGCUGACAUCUAUCAAAGAAAAAGUUCACUCAACUAGAACAAUAAUGGCAAGUACAAGAUGAUCCUAAACUCCAAGGACUCCUGGCUCUUGAGAAGAUUAGAGAUGAGCAUGACUACCCUAACUCCCUCUCCGAAAUUCAGUGAAAUCUAGCAAGUAGAGAGAAAACAACAAAAUAACUUCAAAACUUUACAAAUCAAUACCUCAUCUCCUAAUGAAUUCAAUUGCGAAUUAGCUCCACAGCUUAUCACCCCUUUUCAAAAGAUCAAGUCUCCCAAGAUCGAGAAUUUCGUGCUCACAGAAGGCUAGAUUCUCGAGGCUAGUCAGUACCUGAUUGCCAGGGACAAUGAAUUCACGAAGAUCACCUCCUCAAAAGUUCUUAUGGAGGACUACUUCUCAUUUUAAUGA